UGACUGUUCGUAUACCACCACCUUCUCCUGGAGGAUCUUCCGAAGUCUAUGUAGUAGAUUUUCGGGAGACAGCUCCUGCCUCGGCAAGUACAACAAUGUAUCGCAACAAUCCAAUGGGGGCUAUGUUUGGCGGGUUGGCAAGUGGUGUUCCUGGCGAACUACGAGGCUUAGAGGAAGCUCACAAGCGCUGGGGGAGUCUACCAUGGAGUCGACUUGUUCAACCGAGUGCAGACUUGGCACGCGAGUGGACCGUUGAUCCAGAAUUAGCUAACCGGAUAAAGAUGUUUUCCCCUAUUAUGCUAGGCUACCCUGAUUGGAAGGCAGUGUUCGCUCCGGAAGGCCAUAUCCUUCGCGAAGGGGAUGCUAUAAAACGAACCAACUUUUCGAAGACCCUUACGACUAUAGCCUCAGAAGGUGCUCGCGCUUUUUAUGAGGGACCAAUCGCUGACUCGAUAAUCCGAAAAGUGCAAGAAACGGGAGGUAUCAUGACACAUGCAGAUCUUGCCAAUUAUGCCGUCAAAGUAUAUCCGGCUUUGCAAGGUACUUAUCGUGGCAAGAAGGUAUACACGCCAGACGCGCCUACCUCCGGCCCCGUGCUAUUGCAUAUGCUCAACUUAAUGGAACACUAUGAUCUGAUUGGCGACGGAAGGACGGGUUUGAACGUUCAUCGACUCGUGGAGGUUUUGAAAUUUGGGUUUGCUGCGCGUACGAAGAUUUGUGACCCAGCUUUUGACGACAAGAGCAGUGAUCGCAUAGGCAAGAUUUCCACAAAGGAAUUCGCUGACGAAAUAUCGACUAACAUAACCGACGAUCGCACCCACCCCCCGGAAUAUUACAACCCCGAAUUCGAUGUCAAAGUUGAUCAUGGAACAAGCCAUACUUCCACAAUCGACAAGGAUGGCAUGGCUGUCUCCUUGACGUCUACGGUGAACUUUGUCUUUGGGUCACUAGUACUUGAUUCCGAAACCGGUAUCAUUCUCAACGAUGAGAUGGACGAUUUCUCAACACCUGGCAUCGCGAAUGGAUUUGGACUGUGGCCCUCUCCUUACAACUACCCAGAACCCGGUAAACGGCCCUUAUCUUCCAUGGUACCUACAAUCGUCGAGAACGCCGACGGCUCAUUUUAUCUUUCUAUUGGAGGCUCUGGAGGUUCCCAAAUCUUCGGAGCAGUUUUCCAGACGAUGUUGAACCUGGAAUGGGGCAUGGAUGUAAGCGAAGCGAUCGAGUAUGGGAGGCUGCAUGAUCAAUUGUACCCGUUGAGAGUAAACGUGGACAACAUCUAUCCCACAGAACUGGUCGAUGCUCUUAAAGAGAGAGGACACAAUGUGACUGUGGUUGACAUCAACCGUGUGGCUGCUGUUGUUCAAGCUGUCGUCCGGCAAGACGGAACAAUUUAUGCUGCCAGUGAUUCGAGAAAGAAUGGUAUAGCGUCAGGAUACUAAUUUAAACCUUGUAUAUUCUACAUUACGCUGUAGCAUAUUCCAAAUGGGUUUCCCUUGUUUUACUACUGGAGCAAUGUGCAUGAUUACGAUUACGAUAU